AUGGAUCUACUUGCCGACGAUGGGGGCCUUGAGUCAGGUCAGCAGAUAAAGAGAGGGGGUGGCAAGGCAAGCACCAGGUGUGAUGACACCACUAAACUGCCUAUCGAGUUGGAUCCACCUUGUCCGAAGUCCUCUGCUAUAGUAGUUAUCGAUGUUCCCUGUGUCGGACAGUGGACUUGGUACAUUCCCAGAAGCUUAGCCGGCAUCGUCAGUGAGUCUUGUCAUGCUCUUUUUUGUCCUGGCCCAUCUGUCUACUCUCCACCUAAUCCACCCCAGCCCUAUCGAAACACGUGCUGA